AUGGCUGCUACAUUUUCUUUCUUCUUUGUGACAAUCUUGAUCUUGGUUUUCCCCAUUGUCGAAGGUCGAAUUCUUGAACAUGAAGGUUCAGAAAUUAGUAGUGAAAGGAUCUCAGAUGGAGUUGAACACAAACUCAAGAAUCAGUCAAAUUAUCUAAGUCUAGGCAACUUGAAGGAACUUCCUUCAGGGGAUCAAUGUAAUCAUAUAUAUGGUUUUUUUCCAUGUGCAGAGAAUAUUGGAGGGUACUUAUUCAUGAUUGUCACAUUUCAGUACUUGUUGAUUCUUGGUGAGAAAGUAUUGGCCAUUGGAAGCAACAGGCUCUUUAGUAUCCUUGACACUGCAUCUGGACUAUUGGUUACUAGAGAGAAAGCUCAAGUAUCAGUAUCUUCUGCACUUGGUUCCAAUGUUGGUUCUAGUGUCUUGAAUCUUACUGUACUCUGGGGCAUAUGUGUUAUACUUGGCAGACAAAAUACCUCAACAAAUUCAAAUAGUGCAGAAUCCUCCACUUCUACUUUGAAGUUGGAGGACUUGAAGGGUAGAGGAGUCGUAACAAACAAUCUUACUGGUUAUAUAGCUGGAAUCAUGUUUCUCUCACUUGCACCAUUCACAAUAAUGCUAUUCAGCGAUAUCAUAAGUUCAUCUGUAGGAAAGCGCAUCACCAUUCUUGUUGCUCUUAUUGUAUCAGUCACAUUUUUGCUGUCAUAUUUCACUUACCAGAUGUGGAAUCCAUUGAUUCAACAAAAGAGUUUAGAGUACAUAAAACACCAAAAUCUGGUGCAAGUAUUUGUGCAGCAUAUCCAAAGGCAAGCAAGAGGAAAUCUCUUUAAAGGGGGUCAUCCUGACAUUAACGCGCUUAAAAGAUUAUUUGCCAAAACAGACAGAGAUAGGAGCCAUUCAAUAACAGUCACUGAACUAGAAGAACUGGUAAAACAGCUUGAAUCUGGAAAGGUUAAAGUGGACAGUGACUUUGCCCUGUCAACACUGUCAAGAAUAUUCGAUCAAAACAGAGAUGGAAGGAUAAAUGAAGAAGAGUUCAUUGAGGGAUCCAAGAAGUUGAUACAGGAAGCUAAGGACGAUUCCACCUCGAAGAAAUUUCUUGAUGAGGUAGUUAAGGCAUACACAGAGGGACAAAAAAAAGAUAUAGUUAAGAUUGAGGAGCUCAUACCACGAGCUUUGAAGCAAAUUCAGAACCAAACAAUUGAAUCCGAAGGCCUUCGAAAUGAUGAUGGUAGCCCCAACAUCGAAUCCAUUAAAAGGCUCUUCCAUAAGUUAGAUGAUGAUCAUAACAGUUAUUUAAUACCGUCAGAACUGGAGAAGCUAACGGAAAAUGUCAAAUUCAGACAGGCACGCCUGAAUCACAAAACCUCUGUAAAGGAAAUCAUGAAGGACUUUGAUCAAAAUGAUGAUCACAUGAUCGAUGAAAAUGAGUUUCUCCGUGGUGUGACAUAUUGGCUUCGUAAUGCCAAACAAACUACCAAAGAACAUCAUGAUAAGGUGAUGUGGGGAGAAGUUGAAAAGUUCUUGGAUGAAGCAGAAAGAGGAAACCAUAGAUGUUUCAACCACUCUUUGGUGUUAAAAUGGGACAUCUGCAAGUCUGUGUUGCAAGUGAUUUUGGGCAUUGCUAUAUUGACACUGUGUGCAGAUCCAAUCAUGGAUAACAUUAUACAACUGGCGAGUGCAAUUGGCGUGCCUUCUUUCUUCCUAUCAUUUGUCAUAGUACCUUUGGCUAUCAAUGCAAGAACUGCAAUAACAGCAAUAACUUUACUAUCCUCAGCAAAUCAGCAGAGUUGCACAACUUCUUCUUUGACAUUUUCCGAGAUCUAUGUGGGGGUGAUCAUGAACAACAUUAUGGGGAUGUCAACUGUGUUAACUGUAUUAUAUGCCAAAGACUUGAGAUGGGAGUACUCACCUGAAGUGUUGGUAUCUAUGGUGAUAUGUGCUGUAAAUGGCUCUUUUGCAUUCACCCGUACCACUUAUCCACUUUGGACUUGUAUUGUAGCUUUCUUGUUUUAUCCUAUAGCACUUGCACUACUUUAUAUUUUACAAUAGUUACAAUCUAAUUAUUCUUGUAAUUAAAAUCCUCUAUUCUACUCAUUUAUAGCUGCAUAUGUAUGGUGGUGCUGUUACUGCUUUACACUAAUUACUAUAAUUUGGAUUCAUCAAUCUCAGAUUCUUUUAUGCUUUUUUAGUUUUUGUAAUUUUUUAAGUUCUC